UUUCAGUUCGCGAGAGAAUCAGUUGGUCGGCGGUUCGUAACAGCGCACGUUACGUUUUUAACGGGCGAGCGGAUUAACGUCGGUUUCGAUAAGUUUAUCACCUAAAAAUAAUUGUCAAUCGGAGUCGAGAGCGCAGUGUCAUUGCCAAUCGAAGUGAUAGCUUUGGGCUUUUGUUGGUUUAUGUUUUUUAAAUGAUUUUUGGCUGCCUUGAAAUGCCGUCGGCUUUUGGUCCAUGUGAACUUUCAAGCUGAAGACCUAAAGCCCAAAAACUGAUGUCCACCUUGGCCAGCAGCCGACCGCCCCCGCUCAAUCUGAUUAUUCCCUCCUUGGAGGAGGCACAGGACCACGAGGAGGAGAGGAGAGCGGGAGUAGGUGGAGGGCAGGAGGUGGGUGAAAUGCAUCCGGAUUGCUUGCCCUUGCCGCUGGCUCAGCCGGGAAAUUCACCGCAAGUCCAGGAUGAUGAGGAGGAGCACACGGAAUGUGAGGAACAGCUGAACAUAGAGGAUGAGGAGGAGGCGGAGGAGGAGCAGGAUCUUGACCUAGAAGAUCCAGCCAGCUGCUGCAGUGAGACCAGUGUUUUGAGCGUUGGUCAGGAGCAAUCGCAAGCGGCUCAGGCGGCUUUAUCAGCACAAGCUCAGGCCAGGCAGAGGCUUCUGAUAAGUCAAAUUUACCGACCGUCGGCUUUUAGUAGCACCACUACUGUUCUACCGCCCAGCGAAUGUCCGCCUCUGUCGCCCGAGGAACUCCUGCAGCUGCCUCCUUCGACUGGCUCCUUCCAGGUGGAGUUCCUGCGGAAAUCCCAGCUCUAUGCCGAGGAGCUGAUGAAGCAGCAGAUGCAUCUAAUGGCCGCCGCCAGGGUGAAUGCUCUGACGGCAGCGGCGGCGGGAAAACAACUGCAAAUGGCCAUGGCGGCAGCGGCGGCUGCUACAGUGCCCAGUGGUCAGGAUGCACUGGCUCAGCUGACGGCCACGGCCUUGGGACUGGGGCCAGGUGGAGCUGUACAUCCUCACCAGCAACUGCUCUUGCAACGAGAUCAAGCCCAACACCAUCAUCACAUGCAGAAUCACCUCAAUAACAAUGAAAAUCUCCACGAACGGGCUCUCAAAUUCAGCAUAGACAACAUCCUAAAGGCGGACUUUGGUUCCAGAUUGCCCAAGAUUGCGGCUUUAAGUGGCAAUAUAGGCGGUGGCAGUGUAAAUAGCAGCACUACUGGUGGUACUAAAAACUCUGGAACUGCCAAUGGCAGCAGAUCUCCCCUUAAAGCUCCAAAAAAAUCAGGAAAACCCUUGAAUCUGGCCCAAAGUAAUGCCGCUGCCAAUUCGAGUUUGAGCUUUUCCAGUUCGCUGGCCAAUAUUUGCAGUAAUAGCAAUGAUUCCAAUAGCACCGCCACCAGCAGCAGCACUACGAAUACCACUGUGGCACCAGUAGAUCUGGUUAAGUCGCCACCACCUACGGGUGGUGUUGCGGGCACAACGGGAUCAGGAAGUAAAUCUGGCGAGGAAUCGGGCACGCCAAUCGUUUGGCCAGCGUGGGUCUACUGCACCCGCUACAGUGAUCGCCCCAGCUCAGGACGAAGUCCACGAGCGCGAAAGCCCAAGAAGCCGGCGUCGUCCAGCUCAGCGGCAGGUGGCGGAGGCGGUGGUGGCGUCGAGAAGGGCGAGGCCGCCGAUGGGGGCGGUGUGCCUGAGGACAAAAGGCCGCGAACGGCCUUCAGCGGUACGCAGCUGGCCAGACUGAAGCACGAGUUCAAUGAGAAUCGUUAUCUAACUGAGAAACGCCGCCAACAGCUGAGUGGCGAACUAGGCCUAAACGAGGCCCAGAUCAAGAUCUGGUUCCAGAACAAGCGGGCCAAGCUGAAAAAGUCGAGCGGCACCAAGAACCCUUUGGCCCUGCAGCUGAUGGCCCAGGGAUUGUAUAACCAUUCGACCAUACCGCUGACCCGCGAAGAGGAGGAGCUGCAGGAGCUGCAGGAGGCGGCCAGUGCCGCUGCCACGAAGGAGCAGUGCUAGACCGAGGGGUUUUCCAGCAAUAUCUACGAUCUAGUAUUUAUGGAUUUAGCGUGUAAGGCUAGCUAAUAGGAAUCCUAAGCGAUUAAGUUGUACAAUAUUCUAGUCCAGCGGACACGCAACCAGCAGAAGAAAUCUACCGAAGAAUUGAGAGGCCCCUCCACUGAAGAAAACGAAACUGUUGCGUGUGCGUUUUGUAUAAUAGAUUCAUAAAUUCACAACUAAAUAAUUUAAUAAACAUUUAAAUUAUA